UUCAAACACUGUAAAAUGUAAUUACGGAAUGUUAGGACGAGGAGCCACCUAGUUUUCGAACCGACCUAAACUUCCUCGCGCCGCUUCCCCUCCUCCGGACCGGGAUCUCCGCCGCCGGGGGGAAAGCCUCGUGAUCGGAGCCAAGGCGCACAAGUUCUGGUCUUCCUUUUUCUUCAGCGGGGGAGGGGGGAGGCAAGAAGGCGCAUUUCAUUAGUUGAAAAAGAAAAAUGGGGUUUCCCGGAGGCAGAGGGAGACACACACAAAGAGAGGCAGAGACAGAGAGACAGGCGAAGACAGAGACAGAGAGAUAGGCACAGAGGGAGACACACAGAGAGAGAGACAGACACAGAGAGACAGGCAGGCAGAGAGAGACACAGAGACAGGCUGAGAGAUACAGAGAGAGACAGGCAGGCAGAGAGAGACACAGAGACAGGCUGAGAGAUACAGAGAGACAGGCACGCAGAGAGAGACACAGAGACAGGCUGAGAGAUACAGAGAGAGACAGGCACGCAGAGAGAGACACAGAGAGACAAAGAAAGAGAGACACAGAGACACACACAGAGAGAACGCAGCCCAGCUUGUGCCCCUUUCCCGAUUCCCGAGGGGCCUGUUUCCCCCGAGGGCUCGGCCGCCACUGCAGCCGGUCGGUGCCAGUCUGGCCAGAAGGGGAACUUGCCCACGCCCUGCUGAGCAGGAGGCACGUUUCCUGUUCGCUUGCAACCCGCCUUCCUGUGGACUCUGCCUUCUGGCUAAAUGGGGAAGGGAGCCGUUGAUUUUGCCGUGGCUUUCAGUUCUGGCUCCGGCCUCGGCACGGCUGAGCCGGCCCCUGGCUCCUAGAGCCCCGGGACCCCCAGCCCUCCGCCCCCAGCCCCCCGUUUGACAAUGGAUGCCCCCGCCCAGAGUUUAGCUCCCCUGGCCCUCGGGCCCCGAGGGGAGGAAGGCCGCGUGUUUCUCAUUCCCGAGAGGCAGCAGCCUGACUGUGAACACCUGAGGAAAAGAACCCCAAGGGGGAGAAAAGGCCAGGACUGGUCGUGCUCCCUCAUCGCCGCGUCCCUGGUCGGGGCUCUGGGCUCCUCCUUUCUCUACGGAUACAACCUGUCUGUGGUCAACGCCCCCUCCCGGUACAUCAAGACUUUCUACAAUGAUACCUGGCAAAAAAGACAAGGCCGCUCGAUAGAUGACAAUACCCUGAUGCUGCUGUGGUCCCUGACCGUGUCAAUCUUUGCCAUCGGGGGCCUGGUGGGGACGAUGGUGGUGACUUUGAUUGGAAAGAUUCUUGGAAGGAAAUACACGUUACUCGCCAACAACGCCUUCGCCAUCUUGGCAGCCUUGCUCAUGGCCUGCUCCCAGAAGGCCGGGUCCUUUGAGAUGCUGAUCCUGGGGCGCUUCAUCAUGGGCGUUGAUGGAGGCAUCGCGCUCAGCGCCCUCCCCAUGUACCUGAAUGAAAUCUCCCCCAAAGAGAUCCGGGGGUCUCUGGGGCAGGUCACCGCCAUAUUCAUUUGCAUUGGAGUAUUUACUGGUCAGCUCUUGGGCCUGCCUGAAAUUCUGGGACAGGAGUCCCUGUGGCCUUACCUGUUUGGCGUGAUUGUGGUUCCCGCCUCCAUCCAACUCGUGAGCCUCCCGUUCCUGCCAGAGUCCCCACGCUAUCUGCUCUUUGAAAAGCACGAUCAGGAAGGAGCAUGUAAAGCCUUUCAGACGUUCCUUGGGAAAGCGGAUGUAUCUCAGGAAAUGGCCGAGGCCCUUGCCGAGAUCCGGCUUCAGAGGAACAUCCGCCUGGUGUCGGUCUGGGAGCUCAUGAAGCAGCGUUCCGCCCGCUGGCAGAUAAUCACUGUGGUCAUCACCAUGGCCUGCUACCAGCUCUGUGGCCUGAAUGCGAUUUGGUUCUACACAAACAGCAUCUUUUCUACGGCGGGGAUCCCUACUGAGAAGAUCCCGUAUAUAACCCUGAGCACAGGGGGCAUCGAGACUUUGGCUGCCAUCUUUUCGGGCUUGGUCAUUGAACGUCUGGGGCGCAGACCUCUUCUCAUUGGCGGCUUUGGGCUCAUGACGCUCUUCUUUGGGAUCCUCACCGUGACUCUGACGCUGCAGGACAAGGCGCCCUGGAUCCCCUACCUCAGCAUUGUCUGCAUCCUGAGCAUAAUCGCCUCAUUCUGCAGCGGACCAGGUGGGAUCCCCUUCAUCUUGACCGGAGAGUUCUUCCAGCAGGCUCAGCGGCCAGCGGCCUUCAUGAUCGCAGGGACGGUCAACUGGCUCUCCAACUUUACAGUGGGGCUCCUGUUCCCCUACAUUGUGGUUAGGUGUGGCCCUUUGUCCCCAAACCUGGAAGGCUGGAUAGCUGUCCCAGGAGUCAUCUGACGGCAGAAGAAGCGUCGGUGUGGACCUCGUGCUCUCAGCCUGCAGUGUCUAACUAAGGCUUCUGCACAGAAUCUCGGUUGGAAAGACUUCCUUGGCCAUCUCAUGCAGCCUCCGAGGACUUGCAGAGCUCCAGGUAUGGAUUACCCACUAGUUCCUGAGGUAGAACAUGUCCCACGUUUGCACUUUUCUAAUUAUUAGGAAGGUUUUCUCUAGCUAGCCAGAGUUCUGCAUAGUGCUCGGCACAUAAUAAGAGCUUAACAAAUGUUUGCUGACUAACUGAAUGCUUAAAUCUUCCUCUGACAACUUCUAGUUAUUUUCCUGGUCCAGCUUUUUGAAGCCAAGAAUAACAACAGGCACUAAUAAAAUAUUUACUAAAAGAGUAAGCCAAAUUUAUACAGAAGGAAUCAAGAAUUGCAUGCUAAUAGAUCUAGAAUAAAAGCCCUUAAGCUGGGGUCUGUGAAGAUUUCAAUAAAAAGAUUUUAUUUGGUUGACUCUGUAAUCCCAGGUAUUUUAUUUUAUACAAUUAAAAUCAUUGUUCUAAAACAGAAUCUGUAGGCUUUACUAAAUGACUAAAAUGGUCCUGCUUGAGGAUUUUUCCCCAAGACCAAAUGAUCAUAUUAUGUCUUAGGCCCCAUUUGAGAUGAGAGGAAAGGGAACUUUUUAGUUAGAAAUUUCAACCAUGCAAUAAUGAUCAGAAUAGGGAUAUCAUAGGAUUUUCCCCAUCUUCUGAAACUCAAUAAUUCCUUCUUCUUCUCACCUAUCUAAAGUUCCAAUUCCUCACCACAUGCAGAUAAAUAAAGGGCCGUAUGCCGGAGGAACACAUGCAAGUAGGUAGUACAAUGGAGAGGGUGCCAAACUUGGAAUCAGGAAGACUCACUCACCUUCUUGAGUUCAAAUCUAGUCUCAGACACAAACUAGCUGUGUGAUCCUGAACUGUUUGCCUCAGUUUUUUCAUCUAAAAUGAGCUGGAGAAGGAAAUGGGAAACCACUCGAGUAUCUUUGCCAAAAAAACCCCAAAAGGGGAUCAUGGUCAGAUGUGACUUAAAACUACAACAACAAUAGCAAAGAGGGACAAAAGAACUGCGGCACAGACCUUUCUCUCCCGGUGACUAUUUGUGUGUUAUUGGGAAAGUUCAUUUACAUCUUUAGACCUUACUUUCAUUUGUAAAAUAAGGAUGUUGAAAUACAUUAUCUCCAGGUUCCUUCUAUCUGUCUAAGGUUCCUUUAAUGCUGAUAUUCUAUGGUAUAAAGUCCAUUCUGCCUCUGAUGAUGUUCCAUAGCCUCUGAACUAUUUCACCAUCUAAGAACUUUAUGUUCUUAUCAUAAAAUUAUGAGACUUGGAAUGGGAAGAAAAUAUGUAGAUUAUCUAAGCCAAGCUCUUUUUUUUAAAUAGGAAAAUUGAGGCCCUCAAAAAGGAAAUGAUUCUGACUCAGUCACACAGAUAAUAGUAACAGAGUCAAGCUACAAACCCCUAGAUAGCGCAACUUCAAAUUCAGAGCUCCUUCCGCCACCCUACGGAUGCCUCUUAAGUGACAUGGAUAAAUUUCCAUCCUUGGGGAUAUUUGUUCCUCAUUUACAUUGUGACUUCCAUUUUAAGACCUUUAUAAAUAGCCUACACCGUAAAUUAGGUUUGCUCCCUAUAUGGAUUUUACUGUUAGAAAAUGGCUAAUAAAGUAAAUGAUCUUGCCUGCCUAUGAUUGGAAAGAUGUCAUUUAUAAUUCAACAGUCUUAGUUCUUUACAUAAAUUGGAUAUUUGGGAUAAUGGAUGUAGAUUUUUUUUUACUGCCUGCUCAUAGAACAGAACAUCCUUAUGUCCUAACCGGCUUUUCACAGGGUCUUUUUACAGAACAUACAAGACAAUAGUAUUCAUUGACUAAUAUUUAUUUUUUUACAUACACAUGGGUGACUCGUAUUAUUCUCUUUGAAUGCUGUAGUUUUGAGAUAACAGAGAGCUGACAUUCAAAAUGGGCUAAAAUUCCUUCAAUGGAGGGAACAGAGGAGGUGACAGAAAUCUUUUCCUGUCAUGGCUUCAGCUGAUGAAGAUAGAAUGACCCCUGUAUUGACGAUGGCUCAGUCUACUAGAUAUUUUUCUGAGCACUGAGAAUCCACUGUGGCAAGUUGUAUUGUUUUGAUCAAGGAUAUCAUCCUAAUCAGUAUUAAAAUGGCUGAAGAAAUCAGACUAUUCAUGACUGUUUUGUUAUUUAAAUCAGAUAGCUACUUAUAGCCCAUUGGUAGAAACUCUGAGAGACUGGAUUUAAAAGACUCCUUGAAUCCAAGAUUCUAUGAGGGAAGUCCAAGGUAAAGAGAAACAGUAUGUUCUCAAGAAAGAAAUGUCAUGCAAAAUCCAAAAAAAAAAAAAAAAGUAUUCCAGCAUCAAGGCAAAAAGGAGGAUUUUAGAGCACGAAAGACAGAGGGACCUUACUGACAAAUUCAGACCUAAAAAAUAUGGAGGGGAAAUAAAAGCAAAAUCAGUGCACUUAGGACAGAUAGAAAGAGGAGCAUGUUAUUUUAAGAAUAAUGCUAAAGAAGAUGGCAAACUAGACAUUUUUUCCUCAAUCCCCACAACUUCUCAAACUUCUGCAAAGCAGAAAAUGUGCACCAAAGAUAAAGCAGCUUUAGUUGUUUCCAUGGUUUAGGACACUCAGAAUUCAAAAGAAGGUAAAAAUACAACAAAACAAGAAUCGGCAAUUAAUGCUCACUGACUGAACUUAUUCAACAUAACUAACCCCUAACUCCUUUGCUCCUGGCAUUAGCUGCAUACAGAUCCAAGGAUUUAUAUCAAAACCUGCCCCUACACCCUGCUCACUUCUCCCUAUUUCUAUCCCAUGCCAUAGACUCCAGCUCCAAGCAAUAAUAGAAAGGGAAGUUCUAUUCCAAAUAACUAUAAAAUGUUUAGGGGUUAAUCUGCCAAAGCACACAUACAAAAAAAUUGCCUGGCUUCCCUUCUGAAAGGCUCCUUUAAGAAAUAACAAGUUAAAUAGCUGACGGAAUAUUUAGUGUUCAAAGCUAGGCCAUGCUGAUAUAAUAAACAUGACAAUAUUAGCAAAAUGAAUUUCUCCUUUUAAUGCUAUACCAACCAGAUUUCCAAGGGGACACUUUCUAUAACUUGAUAAAAUAGUUUAAAAAUUCCUCUGGAAAAACAAAAGAUGUCGCAUACCAGAGGAAAUUAUGAAAAGAAUUGGGACAAAGGAGAAUUUGCACUUUCAUAUCUCAGACUGAAGCGGGUUGUGGUCCCUUUAAGAAACUGUAUUUCCUAUUGAUCUGUGACUCCUUUCAUAUUGAUUUGUGAUUCCUUUCAGAUUCUCAGCCCUUCCUGGCUGAGGCAUUUCAGUCCAGGAAGCCAGGGCCUUUGAUUCACAAAUCCUGGUCAAAAGCACCCCUUUGAAUUCCAAUAGGAGAUCUAGGCUUGUCCCAGCCCCCAUUGGAUCAGAGCCAACUUGGGCUCUCCCAGCCCACACUGGUUCUGAUCUGCUCAGGUUUCCCAACCCGACAAGCAACAUGAUGAGCUUCCAUCAACUAAGGUCUUUGCAGAUGGACCUUGGUGGCUUACUCAGCCACCAGGACUUUCUGCCCACUGAGAACUGCAUUCUCAGUGCAAAAUUCCAUUUUCCACAGCUCUGCCCGCUGGAAUAAUGUUCUUUUCCAGUGGCAUCCUCUCUUUAUCCUCACCUAUUUCCCUAACCAGACUUUAUGCUUCCAAUCCCCAUAAUAAACCUCUUUUAUCAAUCUAGGUUUUCGGGUCUGUAAAUUCCUUUAUGAGAACCUCUGUGCCGCCAGAAGGGAGUCCCCUAAACUCCCUCCCCUUGCACCGAAUCCCAAGGGGUUGCAGAGGAGCCAAAUCUCUCCAUUUGGUUCCCUGAACCCCGAACCUACCACUAGACCUUAUCAUUUAACUCCCUGACCACCAGAAACCCUAAUCUCAUUUUGUUUCCCUAAAUCUAAACCUCAUCAAAACUACAUUAUAAAGCAGCAGCUUAUUUAACAUAUAUAGGACUGCUUGCCAUCUAGGAGAGGGGGUAGAGGGAGGGAGGGGAAAAAUCGGAACAGAAGCGAGUGCAAGGGAUAAUGUUGUAAAAAAAAAAUUACCUUGGUAUAGAUUCUGUCAAUAAAAAGCUAUUAUAAAAUAAAAUUUAAAAAAAAAAGAAAUACAUGGAACCAAGAUUGUCAAAUAAACAUAGAGAUUAAUCCUUGCUUUUCACAUGGUGAUGUAAAAAACGUACAAAUCAGCAUUAUCUGUGUUGUAUUUUAUUUUAAUAAAUUUUAUUAAAUAUUCUUCAAUUAUAUUUUUUUAAAAAUAAAAAAAAUAAAGCAACAGCCAUCAAAACCAUCUAAUCUCAGUUAAAGAACAAAGGGAGAGGGCAAUGAACAAAGCAAAGGGGAAAAAAAAAUCAGAAACAAUUAAACUCAAUAAUCCAGCGUUUGAUAAAGUUGAAAACCUUAGUUACCUGGGAGGGAGGGGGAAAAUUCCAAUUUGAUUAAAAAAAACUGUGGGUAAAACUGAAAAACAGAAUUUAGGAUUAGACCAACAGCUUACAUUCCACGAUACAUUCUAAAUGGACACAUGGCCUUAAUAUUAAAGAUUGAGAAAAAAUAAAAGGAGAAACAAAUAAUAUAUUACUCAUAAUUAUGGAUAAUUGAUAUAUUCUUCAUCAAACAAGAAAUAGACACAAUUACAAAUGAUAAAACAUAGCUUUGGUUAUCUGAGAUUGAAAAGCUUCUGCAGAGAAAACAUUAAUGUUUCUAGGAAAAAAAGGGAAGUAGCUGAAUGUGAAGCGGGUUGGGGUCCUUUAAGAAACUGUAUUUCCUAUUGAUCUGUGAUCCCUUUCAGAUUCCCAGCUCCUCCCCAGACAAGAUCUUUCCAGGAUGCCAGGGCCUUUGAUUCAAUUACAAAUCCUGGUCAAAAGCAUCCCUUUGAAUUCCAAUAGGAGAUCUGGGCUUGUCCCAACCCCCAUUCUGACUUGCUUGGGCUGCCCAGCCCCC